AUAUUUUAAUGGGUAUGACCCUGAUAGUCCCAUACAUGGUGGACUAUGAACAGAUUGAUGCCAAGGUUCCAGACUCUAUCUGGGAGCUAUGGCCUAAGACACAUAAUGGGAUAAAUUUGAGAUUCAUCCAUAAUAUAUUAAUAAGGGAUAGGGAAGAGGUUGCUUGGUAUUCUCCCAAAGUAGACACAAUUUUCUUCUCGGAUAAUCGGUAUAAACUUGUCUAUGCUAUCUGUCAAGAAGAAUAUGGGAUGAUACAGCAAGUAUUUGAUGAAGGAUUCGAUCUAAAUACUCCUUUGGAUUAUAAAUAGAGGCCUCAAUGCCUUCGCUCUAGCAACUGAUCUUGAUAAGCUUGAAGUCCUACAUUUCUUGGAGCUAUUAGAAAGCUCAAAAGUCUCUUUAAAUAAGAUAGCAGAGAGAAAUACUCAGACUACAAUUCCUGAGGACAUAUCACAUGGGCAUCGCCUCACACCGUUGAUGAUAGCUGUGAAUAGCUGGAAUGUCAGAAUGGUAGAAUACAUCCUCUCAAGAAAUGUAGACCCAACUAUAAAGGACAAAUAUGGCUUCUCUGCGAAAGAUAAGGCCAGAGUCAAAAAUCUAAAUACAAUCUCUAAUAUUAUUGAAGACUAUGAAGAGAAAUAUGAUCCUUCUGAGGCUGAAAAAUAUUAUUCUUCAAAAAUCAAAGAAGAAUCAAAGAUUUUAGAAUACGAAAAGGUAUACGUAAACUCUUUCGAAGCAAGUGAAUAUUAUACCAAAAAGCCUUCGGAUUUGUUCAAAUUCCACAGUCACCCAUUCCUAGCCCCGAGCGAGCACGGUUAUUGAUUGUCUCUGUUCAAUAUUAAGCACAAGUUCUAGUAUAAAUUUAGGAUUUCUCAAUGAAA